AUGGGCGAAGACGAGGAGCCGUUCUGCGCCCAGACUCGCCACGGAGCAAACGAAGCAAGCGGAGAUAGCGGAGCAUCUGUGGACCCGGACCGAGAGAGGAGAUACGCGGAGCUGUUCAAGCAGCUGGACUUGAAUAAAGAUGGCAGGGUCGACAUCAAUGAGCUGAGGACCGCACUAGCAGCCCGUGGUUUACACCAGGGGGAGGCAGAGGAGAUCGUCCUCGAGAGUGACGUCAACCAUGACGGGCUGCUGGACUUCCAGGAGUUCUCCCAGUACCUGCAGGCUCAUGAGAAGAGGCUGUGGCUCAUGUUCCACAGUCUUGACCGCAACAAUGAUGGUCGAAUUGAUGUGGGAGAGAUCCAACAUUUACUGCACAAGCUUGGAGUGGAGGUCACCAUGGAGCAGGCCUCCAGAAUACUGCAGAGCAUAGACAGGGAUGGCACUAUGACCAUUGACUGGACUGAAUGGCGUGAUCACUUCCUGUUCAACCCUUUCCACAACAUGGAGGAGAUUGUCCACCACUGGAAACACUCUCAUAUGUUUGACAUUGGGGAACAUCUGACGGUGCCAGAUGAGUUCUCAGAGCGGGAGCGGCGGUCAGGUCUGGUGUGGAGGCAGCUGGUUGCUGGAGCGAUGGCGGGGGCUGUGUCCCGGACAGGAACUGCUCCUCUGGACCGCCUGAAAGUCUUCCUGCAGGUGCACGGCUCUACUUCUCGGGGGAUUAAUCUGUGGUCCGGACUGAGGGGGAUGGUCCAGGAGGGAGGUGUCUUCUCACUCUGGAGAGGGAAUGGCAUUAAUGUCCUCAAGAUUGCCCCUGAGUCUGCCAUUAAGUUUAUGGCCUAUGAACAGAUCAAGUGGCUGAUCCGAGGCAGUAAAGAGGGAGGCAGUUUAAGGGUACAAGAGAGGUUCAUUGCUGGCUCUCUGGCAGGAGCUACUGCCCAGACCAUCAUCUACCCCAUGGAGGUGCUGAAGACCCGUCUCACACUGAGGAAGACAGGACAGUACUCAGGUAUGGCUGAUUGUGCCAGACAGAUCCUGAAGACAGAGGGGGUCCGGGCUUUUUACAGGGGCUACCUGCCAAAUACACUGGGCAUCAUCCCCUAUGCUGGCAUCGACUUGGCGGUGUAUGAGACUCUGAAGAACGCUUGGCUCCAGAGGUACUGUGUAGAGUCAGCAGAUCCAGGAGUUUUGGUCCUGCUGGGCUGUGGUACCAUCUCCAGCACCUGCGGCCAGCUCGCAUCCUAUCCCCUCGCUCUCAUUCGGACACGUAUGCAGGCACAAGCCAUCACUGAGGGGAAACCCAAGCUGACUAUGAUGGGCCAGUUCAAAUACAUCAUAACUCAUGAAGGCGUGCCCGGCCUGUAUCGAGGCAUCACCCCCAACUUCCUCAAAGUCAUUCCAGCUGUCAGCAUCUCCUACGUGGUGUACGAGCACAUGAAGAAAGUCCUCGGGGUGGGCUAUUAA